UAGUAAGUACGGCACAGUAUUCAAUACGCGUUUGCCCCUCUUUCACCGCGUCGCUUCACUACCCUCUCCUCUUCUCUUCCUGUCAGUCUUGAGUGCCAGUAAGCAGGAUACUCAGACACAGUAUGGACGCCAUCAAGACUGCCUCCCGCAUCGCGGGCGCGGGCGAGCCUCGUGGCAACCGCAUGCACCACAUGAUGUCCGCCAAUGAAGGUCCGAUGGACAUCAUCGCCAAGGUCUCAGGCUACUCGAAGGAAGGCAUUCGCGAAGACGACGGCCCAUACUUCACCAACAACGAGGGUAUCCCGCUCCCGGACCCGGAGCACAGCAAGACGAUCGGAGGUAUCCCAGUGGCAAGCGAUGUUCACCUUUUCCAGAAGCAGCAGCACUUCAACCGUUCGAAGAACCUUGAGCGCAUGGUUCAUCCUUGCGGCUCUGGCGCGUUCGGAUAUUUCGAGUGCACGAAUGACGUUUCCGACUUGACAAAGGCGGACUUUUUGCAGCGCCCGGGCGAGCGCACUCCCAUCUUCAUCCGAUUCAGCACAGUCACGCUUGGCCGUGAGUUCCCAGAUGAAGCGCGCAACCCGCGUGGCUUCGCUGUCAAGUUCUACACUCACGAGGGCAACUACGACAUCGUCGGACUCAAUUUCCCAGUCUUCUUCUGCCGUGACCCAAUUCAAGGCCCAGACGUGAUCCGAUCGCAGGCUCGCAACCCCAAGAACUUCUUCCUUGACUACGAUGCUACUUUCGACCUUCUGGGCGCCACCCCUGAAGGCAACCACGCGGGGUUGAUGUUCUUCUCUGACCACGGUACACCCGAUGGUUGGGUUAACGAGCACGGUUACGGAUGCCACACCUUCAAGUGGGUCAACAAGGAGGGCAAGUUCGUCUACAUCAAGUACCACUUCCUUGCCAAGCACGGCCAGAAGCAGCUCACCGAGCCAGAGGCGAUUCGCAUCUCUGGUGAAGAUCCAGAUUACUCCAAGCGCCAGCUCUGGGAACUGAUUGAAGCUGGACAAGAGGUCGAGUGGACGGCGAAGGUUCAGAUUAUGCAACCGGACGAGGCAGACCCGGAGAAGCUAGGCUUCGAUCCAUUCGACGUCACAAAGGUUUGGCCGCGUGGCCAAUUCCCGAUGCACGAAUUCGGCAAGCUCGUCCUAAACAAGAACCCCGAGAACUUCCACCGUGAUGUUGAGCAGGCCGCCUUCAGCCCAGGCAGCAUGGUUCCAGGUAUCGAAGACUCGCCCGACCCACUCCUGCAAUUCCGCAUGUUCUUCUACCGCGAUGCGCAGUACCACCGUAUCGGUGUCAAUCUCCACCAAGUGCCCGUCAACUGCCCCUUCAUGGCGCAAUCACUGUCCUCGGUCAACUUCGACGGCCCGAUGCGUGUCGACGGCAACCACUCCGGCAACAAGCAAUACGUACCCAACUCCUUCAUGGGCGACAGGUUCCGUCCCGAUGUGGCAGAAGCGCCGUACAAGGUGUCAGACAACAUCGUCAGCCGCAAGAGCCACUACUAUCACGAAGGAAAGCUCUCAGAGUACGACCAACCGCGCGAACUCUACAAGCGCGUCAUGACCGACCAGCAGCGCAAGAACUUGCACCACAACACCGCAAAGAUGCUGUCGCACGUCAACUUCCCAAUCAUCCAGAAGCAGUACCUCUCGCAAAUCUACAAUGUUGCGCCGGAGUAUGCGAAGGGGGUGUAUGACCUGACCAAGUUCAAGCACAAGGAGCCGUUCGAGUUCAGUGAGGUGGAGAGCAUGAGCAAGCAAGCGCAUCUGUUCUUCAAGAACCCCAAGUUCAGGCCAGACCCGGGUAACAGGUUGGUUGGUAUGGUGCCGGAGAAGCCGUUCUACCAUGUCUAAGAGCGUGCAGUGCAGCUUUGCCCCAUAUUGGGCAAGAUGAUUUCAGAUGAGACAAAUGAAACGGUUACGGUUAUGGUAUGAGUUGCUACCUUCACCGCAUCACGCUCAGCCCAUGUUUUGCAUGUUAUGAGCUUCGGCCAUGCUCAUGUCUGACAGACUCGUGUGUUGAUCUCAGCUCCAAGGGUACUUGUAAGAGCCGUGAUAAGCUUAAGGGCUCGGUAUAAAUUUACAUGGUGAUAGUGUUAUCAG